AUGUCUGACGAUUACCAGUUACAAGCGAAUGGAGAUCAUCAGCUUGCUGGUUCACAACAAAAGCCACUGUUGGAACUAUAUGUUAAGGCUAGUGGAAUCGAGAAUCGUCGUAUUGGUGCGUGCUUGUUCUGUCAAGAGUUUUGGAUGGAGUUGUAUGCGUUGUAUGAGAUUGGUGUGGUCAGGGUUGAGGUGAAAACCGUGAACGUUAACUCGGAAGCAUUCAAGAAAAGCUUUUUGGGUGCGCAACCACCGAUACUGGUCGAAGAGAGCAAAAAUGCAACGUACACGGAUAAUCGUGAAAUUGAAGGACGUAUCUUCCAUUUGGCAAAAGAGUUUCACAUUCCGUUGUUCGAGAAAGAUCAGAGUGUUGAGAAGAGAAUUGAAACUCUCUAUAGAAACUUCAAAGUGUUCCUACGAGCCAAAGUGGAUUUCGAUAAGGAUCAUAAGAAAUCAACAACAAUGAAUCAACUGCCUCCGCAACAGUUAGCCACAUAUAACAAGCUUAUAGAACAACUUUCGACUAUUGAUCAGCUGUUGAAAGAACGUUCGUCACGUUACCUGUUGGGCCCGAGUAUGACUGAAUACGACUGUGAGUUGAUGCCGAGACUUCAUCACAUCCGCAUCAUUGGACAGCACGUCAUACAAAACUUCGAUAUACCACACAAUCUGACCUAUCUCUGGAAUUACAUCCUCACCGCUUAUCGUACGGCUGCUUUCAUCGAGAGUUGUCCUGCUGAUCAGGACAUCAUACAUCAUUACAAGGAACAACUGAACAUGUUCACGAAUCAGCGCGAGUCACUACAAACACCCACCAAGACGCAUACCAUUCCAGAGGAUGUUCUUGACGAAAUCAGACGAUUGGGAUUGGAUAAUAUGUAA